CAUCGACUUUGACAACGAAUGUUUGAAAUCAUUUAAAUUACUCCACAUUUUGUAACGUAAAAUUUUCAGUAAACACAAAUUCAAGCUCAAGAUACCUAACCAGCUUUAAUUUAGUUAAAUUUAAUCACCACAUUCGCACACAAUGGCCGCUGCUAAGAAGGUUGGCCUGGAAGUCGAGAUUGAAAAAUUACGCGACCAGUCUCUGGUAGUUUUCAGAGGUUUAGUCGAUGAAGCCGUUCAGAAGAUGAACAAAGCAGAUGAGGAUUUGAAGAAGCAAAUGUCCGAAGAAAUGAAGAAAGUCCAGAAGGAUGCUACUGCUUUGGAUACUUUGUGCAGGGACACCCAAACGAAGAUCGGCCGAUUCUCACAGGAAGCAUUGGAGGGCAUAGAGAAAACGUGGAGUUGCGUACGGGACGCUAUCGAACAGCGCUAUAAAGAACAAUCGUACGUUUUUGGCGUUCGAUCGGGAUACAUCGAGAACUUUAUAGGUUUAUCGGAGAUUAAAAUUCGGGACCUAUUGAGCACCAUUCAAAACCACGAGGCGAAGCGUGAUAAGGAAGUGGCCCGAAGUGUUUAUAAUUUCAAAAAGAAAGUGUGCGAAGAAAAGAGAACUAAAGAAGAACAACAACAACAGUAGAG